CAUUUUAAUCACUAAAACACAUUUCUGCGGUGAAACUAAGCCAUCUUAAAUUCAUGACUCCGAUUAAGAUUUCUAAACAGAUGUGUACAGAAUACUACAUGAGCUGAAAGCGUUCAUUAAUCUGAAUGUAACAGACAUGACCUGAACAACAAUCUGAAGCAAUGCAUCACUCAUUGUUAAAGCGGUAAGUGAAGUUAACUAAUAGCACCUUAUUGUGAAGAGUGAGCGUUUUUGUACUGAUUCCAGUGAAGCGCUGAUCCCUGCGCUGUUCAUCUCUCUUUCUCUGAGCAGCUCUGAUGUAACUGCUGUGUUUCCUCACCGCUGGAGGAGUGAUGCAUGAAUAACUGACAGAUUUCUGACGACUGCAUUCAUUGCUCAGCGCUCUCGUCUCAUGGGAGGUGACGGGAUCGGCUUCUCUUAUAAAGCCACACACACACACACACACACACACAUCUGAAGAGACCAGCAUGAGUGAGAAUCUGAGGAGCGGGAACACUGUGAGCCGAGAUCAGGCGGCUGUGAUGAACGUGGAUCUUCAGUGUGUGAAGAACAACACCGAGCAUCACACCAACCAAAUCACGGUGGAGCGCCUGAUCGUCCGAAGAGGUCAAGCCUUCAGCCUGACCCUGAGCGCCAAGAGAUUAGACCCCGACGACGUCCAGGUCACGGCGGAGACAGGUCCUGGAGCGAGUGAAGAGAAGGGCACGCUCUCGUCCUGCAGCACAGACCCCAAGCGCUGCUCGAGCGUCAGGAAGCCCUGGAGUCUGAAGGUGUGGAGCGGCUCUGCGUCCUCCGUCACGCUGUCCGUCCUGUGUCCGUCUGACGCCUGCAUCGGUCAGUACUCUCUGAGGCUCCGGAGCGGCUCCUGCACCGGACAGGCCGUCCUCGCCGUGCUCUUCAACCCCUGGAGCGAAGAUGACGGGGUGUUUCUGCCGAGCGAAGCCGAGCGGCGGGAGUACGUCCUGAACGAGCAGGGCAUCCUGUAUAAAGGAGUGGAUGAAUACAUCACCAACAGCAGCUGGGACUUCGGUCAGGUGAAAGUCAGAGCGUUCGAGGAGGAUAUCCUGGACAUCUGUCUGAAGAUGCUGGAUGUGAACCCCAAGUGUCUUAAAGACGCUCCGGAGGAUUAUUCAGCGCGCUGUAACCCCGUCUACAUCAGCCGCGUGGUCAGCGCCAUGAUCAACUCUGACGAUGAUAAGGGUGUUCUGAUGGGUCAGUGGGACGGGACCUACAUCGGAGGAGUGCUGCCGUCCAGCUGGAGCAGCAGCGUGGACAUCCUGAGACGCUGGAUCAAAUACGACUGUCAUCCCGUCAAGUUCGGACAGUGCUGGGUGUUUGCAGCGGUCAUGUGCACGGUGCUGAGGUGUCUGGGGAUCCCGUGUCGUGUGGUCACUAACUAUCAGUCGGCUCAUGACACGGAUCAGAACCUGGUGGUUGAUGAAUACUUCAGUGACUACGGCGUGAGACCCAAGAGGAACCUGGACAGCGUGUGGAACUAUCACGUCUGGGUGGAGAGCUGGAUGAAGCGGCCCGAUCUCUCUCAGGACUCGUUCUACGACGGCUGGCAGGUUCUGGACCCGACGCCUCAGGAGAGGAGCUCAGGUACUUACUGCUGCGGUCCAGCGCCAGUCAGGGCCAUCCUGGAGGGUCACACAGACGUCAAAUACGACGUGCCCUUUGUGUUCGGAGAGGUCAACGCAGACAAGAUCACGUGGCUGGUCAUGGCCAACGGCUCCAAGAAGAAGAUCCUGUCAGACACGAAGACUGUCGGACAGAACAUCAGCACCAAAGCUGUGGGCAGCGACAGCAGACAGGACAUCACUGACCAGUACAAGCACCCCGAGGGCUCAGCGAAGGAGAGAGCGGUGUAUGACGAGGCGGUGAAGCGUGUGACGGGGCUGAAGGAGAGCGAGACUCCGCGUCCGAGCGUCCAGAUGAAGCUGAGUCUGGACGGAGCACCUCUGAACGGAGCCGAUAUCAGACUCACGCUGCUCGUGAAGAGCGACAGCAGUAAAGCUCAGGACCUGACCCUGAAGAUGAGCGCUCAGGUCAUGAGAUACACCGGGAACCCAGCGGCCAGCAUCUGGAGCUACAGCACUGACCUUCAGCUGCUGCCCAACACAGAGCAAAGCCUUCCCUUCACGCUGCCGUUCACCGCAUACGGACCGAAACUGAUGGACAACAACUGCAUCAAAGUCUCUGUGAUCGCCAGUGAUAAAAGUCAAGGCCAGGUUUAUCUGGUGGAGAAAGACGUGGUUCCUCACAGCCCCGAGCUGAACGUCACGGUGGGCGGUACUCCUCUGCAGGACAGUGAGAUGAGCGCCGAGGUGAUGUUUCUGAACCCUCUGUCCUCUCCGCUCAGGAACUGCUCCAUCACGCUGACCGGCAGCGGUCUUCUCAAACAAACAGAGCAGUCCAGCACCGUGGAGCUCGGCCCGGGUCAGAGGAUCACGCUGAAGGUGACCUUCAAGCCCUACAGAGUCGGACCCAGGAAACUGGUGGCUAACUUCGACAGCUCCACGUUCAAGGACAUUAAAGUGAGCGUGGACAUCAACGUGCGUCCGUCUCUGAACGGCUUCCUGAGCUUCCGCCGAUAGAACCAUCAGACUUAUGAUGAAUUAUCAUCCACAGCUUCUGCCUUUACUCACAAUAAACCAACAUUUACAGCAAAAGGUGUCUGGUGAUUUAUUACAGGAGGUUCUGAGAGAUUACAUCUUAUGAACAACGUGAAAAAAAACAUCAGUAAAUAUUAGCUCCGUCAAACAAUUAAUCAAAAAUAAAAAGUUUUCAUUUA